AUGACCCAUAAGCUUGUAUACUUGAAGGGCUAUUUAAAAGCAGCAGGAGUCAGGGCAUUGGGCUAUCAAGAUAAUCUUGAACAUAAUCCUGACAGGACGGUCGAUUAUACUGACGCAUAA